CUUACAAUUAGCUGUAUAAGGUACUCGAUAGCAGAUGAUCGUUUGAUUGUUUGAUAACACGGCGGAUCAGGCAUCGCAAACAUCCGUUAUUAGAAUGCACUCAGUCUUUGUUGAAUCGUCCCGUUAAUCUCGAGCAGAUUGAAUGAAAAUACUCGGAUUUGCACGGUUCGAGGAAAAAUGGAUGACGAAAAUGCAAGCUGUUCGCACGACGGCGAGGAUGAUGCACAACUGUCACUGUUGGAUCUCCCGAUCGAAAUAUUCCUGCAUAUAUGCUCCUUCUUAGAGGCGUCGACAUUAAUACACAGUUUGAGCCUAGCUUGCAAACAGUUCUACCUGAUUUUGAAGGAUGAUUCAUCGUGGAAAGCACGAAUUAACCAUAUAUGGCCGGAUGCUAGCUACCCACUCUUGCGUCCUGCGAGACCCGACAAACUGUUUUGGAAAUUGUCAUGCAUUGCGAUCGAGAAACAAAUAACGCUAUGGAAGGGUUCCAUAGAGGAGAAACUUAUAAUUGAUGACGCACCGUACAGCACGAUGGAUGCACUGCUACUGAUGCAUAAUGGAACCAUAUGUAUAGCUGGUGCGAGAGAUCGCACUCUGCGUCACUGGAAACUUCCUUCAUACGAGAAUUCACGCUGUCCUCAAAUUAGGAGUUCUGUUUGCACGAAUUCUGCACAUAACGGAUGGAUCUGCGAUCUGACGGCGAUGGAUAACACAAUCUACACUUGCAGCUGGGAUCAGAGCAUCAAGUCAUGGAUGCUAAUCAACACCGGUCUCGUCAAGCUGAAAACUUACGAUAUGAAACCUGUGUCAAGUGCAUUGCUGUGCGUAUCGUCGUGUCCAGAGCAGGCCCUCUUUGCAACCGGCUCGUACAGCAGGACCAUAUUCGUAUUCGAUUCAAGAUCAGGACAUAAGCCGAUCAGGCAGUAUCGACCGCACACUGGGCCUGUGCUUAAACUGGCCAUGAACUCUGAAUACAUCUUGUCCGCCAGCGAGGAUAAGACAGUGUCCGUUUGGGAUCAAAGAGCUGGACGGACCAUGAAGUCUAUCACAGUUUCAGGCGAAGCGUUCCCCAUGUGUAUGAGCAUGCAACGGGAUUGUGUUUGUAUAGGGGAUAGCGCUGCGAAGUUGCAUGUGCUAAAUCCAAAGAACGAUUUCGAGUUAGUGAAAUCUUAUUCUACCAAACAUACGAAAGGGAUAACGGUGGUGCAUCUGACGCGCGGAUGUCUGAUAACGAGUUCCAAGGAUGGCACCGUCAGAAUUUCGAGCCCUACUGAUCCACCGAAGCCUAUUGCUACUUUGCAUUCGGGAUUUGGAGAGAUUGCCAACAUGGAUUAUCUGAAUGGCAUUCUCGCGAUAUCUGGCCUCGAUAUCGCGGUGUGGCGACCAAAAUUGACGUCUUAAACGAAACAUCAGUGAACGGUUCAGAAUUUCUAUAUGUGU